AGUUAAUUCCUUCAAUAGUGGUCAUUCAAGACAUGGGGCUGCUUUGCCGAUGCCCUCUAACUUCUAUCAAGUUCCAACAGAAGUUAGGCAAGCUAACAACUUUGGAAGAAAUACUCGUUUGAGAAGGACUGCAAGUCAACCGGUUCCCACAUCAGCAAACUUGCAGGCGUGGAACUCAAGCAAUUCUAAUGUACAACCUACAAGUCAAUACCCCGUUACCCUUACAAGCUUAGCAACAGCGCCAGUUCUAGCAAAUCCAGCCAUGCAGCAGCAGACUGUGCAAGUCUCCAACUCGUUAAAAGCUCCGUUACCUUCUCGAUAUUGGAACGGGACAACCAUGUCGAGGGUUGGUCCUUCCAUCUCUCGUUAUCAGACCUUAUUGCGACAGGAAGACAACUUAAGAAACAAUAGAAGGAAUAUGAUGAUUUCUUUGGCGAACAUGCAAGCGAACCUCAACUUGGCCAAUGAGAACUCAAACUUCAUUGGAAACGUUGCCUCCCCUUCCAGGAUCCAAUCCGGCCCCGGCAUGCAUCUACCGUAUUCAUCCAUAAGGUCCCCUCAUCCAAAUAUGAUUGAACAAUACAGAAAAAGAUUGCAACAUAUUUCCAAUCCAUCAGACCCCUGGAGGCAGGGGAAUAACAAUCCGAUACAUUCUGGUGCUUCCCUAGUUGUUCAAGGCAUGAACGUUUCAGUGAGAGAUGGCAAUCCUAGGCGUGCUCAGCUUCCUCUGAGGUUGGGACCAAGAGCUGAGGGACAAGCUGGUCAUAAUUAUAGGCUCUCAUCGACAGAACAAUCUCAAACUGCUGCUCAAAGAAGUAGGCCGAUAUCUGAGGUUCGCAAUGCCUUGGGACAUGUACGUAGGCAUGGUGGCUUACGACCUGAGGAACUACAAAAUCUGGAGGAGCAAAUUGGGAACUUUGGCACUGGGCUAAGCGAGGAAGCUAUUCUGGGAAAUCUGGGAAGGCAAAAAUAUCAGUCCAUAAAAAUGGGACCCCCAGCAGAAACUGAACCCUGCUGUAUUUGUCAGGAGGAUUAUGCUAAUGGGGAAGAGCUUGGUAAGCUGGACUGUGGUCAUGACUUUCACUUCAGUUGCAUUAAGCAAUGGCUGGUGCAGAAGAAUUCAUGCCCCAUAUGCAAAAAGACAGCUUUGGCUAUUUGAAAUCAGGAUCCUCAUCCUCAUGCCUCCUAAUAUUUGAAUAAAAAAAGAAAAAAACCAUAAGCUGUUGAAUUUUUGGACCUGCCGGUCACCUAGUAUUUUGAUACACAUUUUGUUAUUUUACUUUUUCCUUCCAUUUCGGAGAUUUUCAUGUUAGCAAACAAUGAAUCAUUCUACUUAGGAAACUAUGAUCGGAGGUCCAGUGCAUUCAAAUUGGGACCUUUUUUUAA